AUGCGACAUACAUCAUUGUUGUAUCUCGCGCACUCAGUCGUGCUUUCCCUCGUCUCCAUCGCGCACCGCUUUGCUGCGAUGAUCUUCCCAAGAAGUCGCGAGAAUGUUGAUUUGCGGGGAGAAAAGCUUCUUAGUGACCUCAGCAGCUGGGGAAUUGGGGGACCUUGCAAAUACUUUGUUCGAGUCUAUGAUCAACACCAGCUCGCUGCAGCCGUCAGGCAUUGCAAUGAGCAUUCAAUGAGAUACAUGGUGAUUGGCCGAGGCUCUAACUGUCUGUUUGAUGAUUUAGGAUUUGAUGGGUGUAUAAUUCAGAAUUGCAUAGUGUUCCUGGAGAAUAUUGAAGCUGGUGUAUACAGAGUUGGGAGUGGUUAUCCCAUGAACCGUUUGGGUGCGCAGACUGCAAAUGAGGGAUUUAGUGGGCUCGAAUUUGCCGGAGGAAUCCCGGGGACUGUUGGUGGUGCUGUUUACAUGAAUGCUGGUGCUAAUGGACAGGAAACAGCUGACAAAGUUGAGAGCAUUGAGAUCAUGUCAACCAAUGGAGAGUUGAAGACUAUGAAAAUAUAUGACCUCAGUUUUGGCUACCGAAAGUCGCCAUUUCAAGACAUGAAAGACUUCGCCGUCGUGACUGCUGUCACCUUUCGACUGAAGGCCUCACAAUCAUCAAUGCAAAAGCAGCAAGAAUAUGCAAAAAGGAGGAAACUUACUCAACCGGUGGGUGAGAAAAGUUGUGGUUCGGUUUUCCGUAAUCCACACGGGACAGAAUUUUCGGCUGCACAAUUGAUAGAGAAAGCAGGGCUAAAAGGGUUGCAAGUGGGACAGGCCAUGAUCUCAGAAAAGCACGCGAAUUUCUUCAUAAACUCAGGCGGCGCAACCUCUCAAGACAUGCUCGAGCUUAUUAGCCUUGCCAAGGAUGCUGUCUAUAAGAAAUUUGGUAUAAAGCUGAAAGAAGAAAUUUUGCAUGUUCAUCCAUAUUUGUGA